AUGUUCAAUGUGACAACUAAUUCAUUAUUUCAACAAACACUACUACCAUUCUCAGAAUUAGAUAGCUUUAAUGAUCCAAUAGUACACCAAGCUGAGAUAUCAGCAGCAAAUGGAAUAACAAAUGCUAAAUCGAUAGCUCGACUUUAUGCAUCGUUAAUAGGCGACUUAGAUGUUACAAAAAGAUUAUUAAAUACGAAAAUUUUAAAACAGGCAACGAAAUCAAAUACACCUGAAAAUGAACCAGAUCAAGUUUUAAUGCAAAUAUCAACCAUAUUCGGAAUGGGUUUCAUGACCUAUGGCUCUGUGUUUAACAUAAUGGGACCAGGAACUUUUGGUCACAAUGAUAGUAUUUCCGGGUCCUUAUUCGGGUUAUUAUUAUGUGACUCGCUGGAAGCUGCUGUAGAAGGUCAGUCUCCUGAAUCGUUUGAUCAAGCGAAAACAUUACGAGGAGGUGGUAAACUUCAGUUAAAGUCCGGACAAUUUACUGAUGAUGGCUCAACGGCAUUAUGUUUAGCUAUCGCUUUGUUAGGUAGUGAAACUGAUAAUGCGGUUAUUCAUCCAUCAACUGUACAAAUGAAUUUAUAUCGACGUUGGUAUGAAUCUGGAUAUUUAUCUUCAACAGGAGAAUGCUUCGACAUAGCUAAAAGUGAUAAAUUAAGUAGCGCUGAUGCUUCUUACUAUGGAAGUGCAAGCAGUCAUGCAUCAGGCAAUGGUUCAUUAAUGCGAUUAGCAUCUGCUCCUCUGUUAUAUCAGCGUGAUCCUCUUAAUGCUAUGAAUGAAUCAAUAAAUUCAUCCGAGACUAUGCAUGCUUGGCAACUAUGUCUAGAUAGUUGUAGAGUAUAUACGGGUUUAAUUAUUGGCGCUUUGCAAGGAGCUACUAAAGAAGAACUAUUGAAUAGUGAUCAAUUAUAUGUUCCAGCUGGUUUAUCGCAUGAUUACUGA